GGCCGCAGCGCUGCAGUCUUCGCCGUGCGCCCGCCCCGCCAGCAUGACCGACGCGCUGCUGCCCGCGGCCCCCCGGGCGCUGGAGAAGGAGAGCGACGGCUACUUUCGGAAGGGUUGUAAUCCCCUAGCACAAACUGGCCGGAGCAAACUGCAGAAUCAAAGGGCUGCCUUGAACCAGCAGAUCCUGAAAGCCGUGCGGAUGAGAACAGGAGCGGAAAACCUUCUGAAAGCAGCCACCAACCAGAAGGUGCGGGAGCAGGUGCGCUUGGAGCUGAGCUUUGUGAACUCAGACCUGCAGAUGCUCAAGGAGGAGCUUGAGGGGCUCAACAUCUCAGUGGGUGUCUACCAGAGCACAGAGGAAGCAUGUACAAUUCCUCUGAUUCCUCUUGGCCUGAAGGAAACCAAAGACGUUGACUUUUCAAUCGUCCUCAAGGAUUUUAUCCUGGAACAUUACAGUGAAGAUAGCUAUUUAUAUGAAGACGAAAUAGCAGAUCUUAUGGAUCUCAGACAAGCUUGCCGGAGGCCCAGCCGGGAUGAGGCCGGAGUGGAACUGCUGCUGAGUUACUUCCUGCAGCUGGGCUUUGUCGAGAGCCGCUUCUUCUCACCCACCAGACAGAUGGGGCUCAUGUUUACGUGGUAUGAUUCCCUUACCGGGGUGCCGGUCAGCCAACAGAACUUGCUGCUGGAGAAGGCCAGCAUUCUGUUUAACAUCGGAGCCAUCUACACACAGAUCGGGACCCGGUGCCAUCGGCAGGCACAGGCCGGGCUGGAGAGUGCUGUGGACGCCUUUCAGAGAGCCGCAGGGGUUUUAAACUACCUGAAAGAGACAUUCACUCAUACUCCAAGUUACGACAUGAGCCCGGCUAUGCUCAGCGUGCUGGUCAAAAUGAUGCUUGCACAGGCCCAGGAGAGUGUGUUUGAGAAAAUCAGCCUCCCUGGGAUCCGGAAUGAGUUCUUCACGCUGGUGAAGAUGUCUCAGGAGGCUGCCAAGGUCGGGGAGGUCUACCAGCAGCUGCAUGCGGCCAUGAGCCAGGCACCGGUGAAGGAGAACGUGCCCUACUCCUGGGCCAGCUUGGCCUCUGUGAAGUCCCACCACUAUGGAGCCCUGGCCCACUACUUCGCCGCCACCCUCCUCAUUGACCACCAGCUGAAUCCUGGCGCGGAUGAGGACCACCAGGAGAAGUGCCUGUCCCAGCUCUACGACCACAUGCCGGAGGGACUGACGCCCUUGGCCACGCUGAAAGAUGGACACCAACGCCAACAGCUGGGAAAGUCGCAUCUGCGCAAAGCCAUCGCGCACCACGAGGCAUCCAUGUGGGAGGCGAGCCUGUGCAAGAAGCUCCGCAGCAUCGAGGUGCUCCAGGACGUGCUCUCCGCCGCACACCAGCGGACCCAGCUCAAGUAUUCUCAGUACCAGGAGGACAAUGAUCUUCUAGACCUGGUCGAGGCUCCUGACGUUGUUUCUAAAACUGAGCAAGCAGUUGAAAUUAUACCACCACAGUUCUCCAAAGUGACAGUGACAGACUUCUUCCAGAAGCUGGGUCCCCUGUCCGUGUUCUCGGCCUGCAAGAGGUGGACACCUCCUCGAAGCAUUCGUUUUGUCGCAGAAGAAGGUGACUUGGGGUUCACGUUGAGAGGCAAUGCCCCAGUUCAAGUUCAUUUCCUGGAUCCGUAUUGUUCUGCUGCACUGGCGGGAGCCAAGGAAGGAGAUUAUAUUGUUUCCAUUCAAGACAUGGAUUGUAAGUGGCUGACAGUGAGUGAGGUUAUGAAAUUGCUCAAGAGCUUUGGCAAGGACAGCAUUGAGAUGAAGGUGGUGAGCCUUCUGGAGUCCUCAUUAUCUAUGCAUAAUAAGUGUGCCACAUACUCUGUGGGAAUGCAGAAAACUUACUCCAUGAUCUGCUUAGCCCUAGGGGAUGAUGAGAAAACUGAUAAAACCAAGAAAAUCUCAAAAAAGCUUUCCUUUUUGAGUUGGGGCACCAACAAGAACAGACAGAAGUCGGCCAGCACCAUGUGCCUUCCUUCAGUUGGGGUCGAAAGGCGUCAGGUCAAAAAGAAGCUCCCCUCUCCGUUCAGCCUUCUCAGUAGCGACAGUUCUUUGUACUAAAGAGAGAAAACAAAAGUCUUGCCCGAAACAUCUCCGAGGGCUGACUGUGCCUUAAUGUUUGUGCCAUCAUAGAAAAUGUCUAAAUAUUUUCAAAUUUUGCUUUCUCACAAUGUAAACUUGCAAUGGAAACCUCUAGAAAUUUGUGGGUAACAAACUGAUUUGACGUGUGUCACUACUGUUGCAAGUUAUUUAUUAUAUAAAGUAUUGUAAAUAGAAUAGUAUUGAAAACUUGGCUAUUUUUACUGGUUAGUUAGGACUUUUAGUCACCAUCAGAGAUAAAUGUGGGUUACUUAUGUUAGUCUUAUUUGUAAUAGUUUCCAAGUGUGAGUAAUAAAAUACCAUGCCUUAAUUUAGUAUUCAGCUGAUCCCUGAAAUAAGGCAGGUCAGGGGGAUUACAGUGAUAGAUUUAAAUUAGUGUUUCUAAAAACAUCUGAAGAGCUGCUUCCAAAUAGAAAUUCAUUAACCUAUUAUUUCUACAUAAUAUAAAUGCUACUUCCAGAUAAAGUCUAGUGCCAAAUUGGUCAUGACUUAUUAAAUAAAAAUCAUUUAGGAGCAGCUUUUAUUCUAGUUUCACGUCAUUUACAAGAUGCUAACACAGUGAUGGUGUUAGGUGAAGAUGCUGUCUACAAGGUAGAUAAUAUUACUGUUUGAUACUCAAAACAUUUUUCAUUUUAAGGUAGAAAAUACAUAAUUGUAUAUUUUAAGAGUCUUGGGUUAAAAGCUAGUUUUAUAUUUUAUAAGGUAAAGAUGUAAAUGAUUCAAGUGUAAAGCCUCUGCCUGACUUUCUAAAAUGACAUUCUACCAACUGAUUUUUCUUGCUAUAAGUUGGAUGACACUGUGAUUCUAAUAAGACUCACUGUUGACAUAGGUAUAUAGCUAAAAACCCCAACAUUGAGAUCAAAUUCUGAGAACUAACAAGAAUUUUCUAUUGUGCAAUAUUUAAAGGAAACCACCACCUUUGGAAAAGUGUAUCUGGUGUUCCUAGGACCAUGUUUGUAUAAAUAUUUAAAUAAAUAUAUUCAUUUACUGUA